UUGUUUCAUCUGGGCUGACCCAUGUGGGACCCUCAUGGAAACCGAGGACAAAACUGGCUGGGGCCCAGUUAGAGAGCCCAGGAGCCACCCAUCUGGACCCCACAUAAGUGUGCUGGCUGGGGAGUCAAGGUUGGAGGAUCUAGAGAGCAGAAUUAAACAAAUGGCAGCUAUCAAGGAUCAAUGCCAAAGAAAAGCCAAAAAGAGAAAACACUCCGGCAGCAGGAACAAACCUAAGAAGAGUCUGAGGAUGCGCCUGACGGUUAACCUCCAUUGGUACCUGACUUUGUCUCUGGCAUUUGUCUUGCCUGGUGCUGCUUCUGUACCUGUGGAGGGCCAAAAGGGCGACAAUAUCACCCUGCCGUGUUUGAAGACCAGAGAGGAUUUCACCACUCUUCUGAAAUUUGGGUCCAAAACUGCUUAUGGUGCUGGUCAAGACGGACACUUCAGGGGUCGUGUGCAUGAGAGUGGGAGUUGUGACCUCAUUCUACAAGGCUUGAAGACCACUGAUGCUGGGAAAUACAUGGCAGAUGUUUAUGACAACAGUGGUGUAAUUUCCAGCAACAGCUACGAUGUCCAUGUUAAAGUUAGUUUAACAGGACGGAAAGGUGAAGAGCUGAUGUUUGAUGAUCUUCCGGCGUGAGGCUGAGAGCGUCACGCAUUUGACAAACGCAGACUGCACAGAGGUGUGGAGGAGAGGACAGGGUGUCCUGACUGACCGACUGACCCACAAGAAUGACCGGCUGAGCAUUGAAAGCUUCUCAUCCAGUGACGCCGGGACAUACAGAGUCCUGAAUUCAACAGGAGGAAUCCUAGUCACUUUGACACUAACAGAACUUGGACCAAUGGAAAGAGGUGGGACGAAAGUACCAAGUGCCUCAAGUAUUACUAGAGUUAGUUGGAGUGCUGCACUGCCAUUUCUGAUUGGUCUCUUCGUUGGUUUCCUGUAGCUGCUCACUUCACAAUCAAGUCUUUGACACUGCCAUUCAGGACUACUGGAUGAGUAACAUAGAAAUAAGCUAAAACUCAAAUAUAUAUUUUAACAGUACACAAUGACUCGUUUCGUACAUACACUGGUUUUGAAGUCACGGUUCGAUAUGUUUUUGGUACGUAAAAUUAUAAUUAAGACUUAAGGAUGAAAAAUGGAUAUUCAGAUUUACUUGAAACAAUGCUGUGUAUUUGUUCUGUACACAUGAAUGUAAAAUUUUGUACGAAUUGGGUGCUGAUCCAUGAUCUGUUAUUAUUACUGCUGUUCUCUGAGAUACUUGAUUCUGAUUGGUCAGUUGCUGUACAACAUAACUGGACAGUGCUGUGAAAUACUGGUGCUGUAUUCAUGUCUCUUGAUGGCCUCCCUCACUGUGAAAUGCCAUCAGAGGGACUUGAUUAUCCUAUCAGGGAAUAUCUUGCACUAAUGCCUUUUUAGGCACUAUUAAUGCUGUAGUAUUUUUUUGCACUACUUAGCUUUUUUUUAAAAGAAAAAGAUUUUAUAUAUGGGAAAAGUGUCAAAGAAUGUGUGCUAUUAUUAUAAUGUGUUUAUAAGAGUGUGUGCAUUAUUAUAAUCUUAAUGGUGUGUUUUAUGUAUUUUAUAUACUUUUAUAUGUACUGUAAUGACUAUUGUUUGCAAAGGCCAGAAGAACUCAAUAAACAUUAUAUCUAAAUACUUUA